GCAUCAGGUCUUGAUACAUGAGACAGAAAUUCAACACUGUUUACUGCUUUUGUCAACAGAGGGAUCGCCACAGACCAGUCUAAGGCCUGAAAGCAGUUGAGUUUCGCCUCGGCUGACCACAUUCCAAGCAACCAACCAUCAAAUACAAGGUCCGCCAGACCUUGUCCUGACAAAAAGAACCCUGUUCCAGAAGAAGGUAUAUCCGCUCUCCCCGCCCAAGCAGGCCUGGCUCAUCCAACGGCCUCAGCGAAAUAAACUCGAAGCCUUACCUCGUCUCGCCUAGGGCCACGGUCCAUCCCUAGCCUAGACCACUCUGUCUGACGCCCGACACGACUCAUGGAAGCACAAGAUCAUGGAUAAGGGUCCUAGCCUGGGAUCACUCGUAGGGAUCUGCCGAUCAUUUAUGGGUUGGGUUCUGCCUCCAACUUAUGUGCUGACAAUGUUGUACUCACAAGAGAAAACAUCGACUGCCUCUACCACCGGUCACACGUAAGUGCGAGAUACAACUCGAUCGCCAUAACUCGGAGAUAUUCCAGCGGCUGAUGAUGAGCCAUCUCGAAUCUCCGAGUGAUUGCACUUCCUGACGUGGCUUCUCAGAUUAUGCUGGGACUUUCUCGUAUCCUCAACACCGCAGAGCAUAGACCAGACCUGAGUUGAGACAUUUCAGAGGAACUUGACUGUCAAGGAUUUCAAAAAUAAACACCAUGUCGAAUCUCAGCCAUAUUGGCGUCGAUGGCUAUAUAGGAAAGGAGAGGGAAUUCGAGACAUUCGGCCCUGAAGAUAGUGGGGAUGGCUCAGGCAGCCCCCAGCCGACUGUCAACGCUGAGGAGAUCAUCAUGGCUGAUGGUACUGUCGAGUAUGUUGACAAGAAUGCCUUCGGCGAUGAGCUCGACCGAAUGCCUAAUGGCUACUAUCGGAGUCCUCAGUUCAUUGGUACUCUUGCUGCGCAGUGUCUAGCAAGUACUUGCGCAUACCUAGGAUGGGUGCUCCCCUCAAAUACUCUCGCUUUGAUAAAUGCCGACAUUGGUCCUUCCGCUCAAAUCGCAUGGGUAGCGACUAUAUGGACUAUGGGAUCUUCUAUUGGCUUUCUCAUCAUUGGCCGUCUGUCCGAUCUAUAUGGCCGAAAGUGGAUGGUCAUGAGCACUACUCUACUGGGCCUCAUCGGUUGCAUUAUUGGUGGCACCGCAAAGAGCUUAGGUAUGCUCAUCGCUUCGAAUGGGUGCAAUGGUCUUGCAGCUGCUGGGCAGCUCUCCUUUGGCAUUGUCUUAGGUGAACUUGUUCCCAACAAGCAUCGAGGUCCCAUCAUGGGUUUUGUCUUCUUGACGUCGAUCCCAUUUGGAGUCUUUGGCCCAGUCGUAGCCCGAACGAUGAUCGAGAACAUACAUGAAGGCUGGCGCUGGAGUUACUAUCUGGGCAUCAUUCUGAGUGUAAUCACUCUGGCUCUAUAUCAGUUCCUCUACCACCCACCAACCUUUUCUCAACUCCACGUCGGGAAGACGAGAAUACAGCAAACCAAAGAGCUUGAUUGGAUUGGCAUGUCUCUUUUCACUACUGGAUGCGUUCUCUUCCUCGUUGGCCUUUCUUGGGGCGGUACGACAUAUCCUUGGAAGAGUGCUGAGGUAUUGUGCACAUUAGUCACUGGUAUAAUGACCCUUGCCGGCUUCUUUGUAUAUGAGGCCCACUUCUGUUCUGUAAAACCCCUGAUUCCGUCCAGUGUUUUUAAGAACACUGGGUUCGUCGCAGUAGUCACCUGUGCGACUGUUGCCUCCAUGGUUUACUACUCCUUGACAGUUCUCUGGCCUACAAUUAUCAGCGCACUGUACACCACAGAUUCCAUCAAAGUUGGCUGGCAGAGCUGCGUGAUUGGUGGUGGAGUUGUUCUGGGCCAAGCUAUGUCAGGUCUCGCUAUUGCCUAUGUUCCUCACCUCAAGAUCCAGUGCAUAUGCGCUGCUGCUCUUGUUAUGACUUUCAUCACGUCGAUGUGUUCCCUAUCUCCUGACCGGUGGGCAAAUACAAUCGCAUUCGGGUUGAUUGCAUGCACUGCCGUUGGGUACAUUGAGAAUGUUGCAGUCACCUGUGUAACUCUGCUCUGGGAACCCCAAGAUAUCGGCCUAGCAUCUGGCAUUCUUGGAUCGAUUCGUGCCCUCGGUGGUGCCAUUGCUCAGGCUUUGUAUGUCUCUAUUCUCAGCAACGAGUUGACCAGGAAGAUGCCCGAGUACGUGACCCCAGCUGCAACUAAACUUGGUCUGCCAACCAAAUCCCUACCUUCACUCUUUGAGGCUAUCAACAAAGGCGAUUACUCAGAUGUACCCGGUAUCAACAAGGCCAUCAUUGAAUCAGUCGGAGAUGCCGUUGUCAAAGCCUACACCAACUCACUACAUUAUGUCUUCUACGCCACUGUACCGUUCUCAUGUAUCAUGCUUGUCGCCGCUUGCUUGGUUCCCGACGUCAAAAAGUUCUUGACGUACAAUGUUGCAAAACGUCUCCAGGAUAAGAGCUUCCGUAAAUCCUCUACCGAAGCCAACGAGGUCGCGGUUCAGGCCAUGAAUGAAUGUCAUCCAGAUGAGGCUGAAGUGGCAUCGCAUGUGUAGACUUUCUAGCAAUUUUCUUCAGACGGCUGCGAUGUUACGAACUGUGUAUAAGGACGGGAAAUGAUACGUGGUAAUGGGUAACUAGAGCUUGACAAUUCUUUAUGGGACGAUACUGAUAUGAAUCGAUAGAGUAACAUCGAUUAGCGGACAGUCGGAGACUAACUCCGUAAAAUUGAUCAAGACGUCGAGUAAGCAAACUCUUAACAUGGCAUUGAGGGUUUAGACAUGCCAGUAGAAAAGAAUAUGUAAACCUAAAGAGUUCUUAGAACUGUCUGAAAACGCCAAACCAAAUCACUAUAAUCGAAUCAACCACGGGCUAGAGAGCUCAGUCUCUAACCGCGCUGAGGACUAUCGAAAUAUCAGAGUAACUACGCCAAAAGGACAAUCGCCAGAGAGCUUCUCAACGAUCUGGUUAAAGAAAACAGGCGUGACGACAAUGCCGGCGCUGACGAGCGAAGCAGCCGCAGAGAGAAGCGUGACAAAGACUGUGGUCUUCAUGUUGAUGAUGCCGAUGAUGAAUAUGAAUAUGUGUAUAGUGGCGUGAUAUUGAGCGGCCAGAAGAGAGUGACACUUGAAGUUACAGAACCAGCUGAAACGACAAAAAAAUUAACUACCUAGACAGGGUAGAAGAGAAAGAAAUGCGUAGGGCAAAGAAUUAAUAUAUAUUUUUUAA